CAAUGACCCCACAGGUAAACCGUGUGGGUCCCACCACUUUGAUUGUGAAAAUAAAAAAUUAAAAAAAAAAAUCCACCAAAGACUUUCAAUGUAAUGCCUCCACAUCAGCUCUUGACUUGGUCUGCUCCUGGAAAAUGCAUCACCAACAAGAUAUCUUUGAACCCAUAGUGUGUGUAUAUAUAUAUAUGCAUUAAUGCGUAUCCAGGGAGUUCACCAACAAACGAGUUCAUUGAAUACAAUAAACUGCUGGGUUUAUCGAGUUUAUAAAUCCGACAGGAAUAGCGAGAUGGCGACAGAGAAUGAGCUCCCACUCCCAGGUUUCAGGUUCCACCCCACAGAGGAGGAGCUGCUCAAUUUCUACCUCAAGAACAUGAUUCACGGCAAGAGAUCAUGCGUCCAUGUCAUUGGUUUCCUUAACAUCUACCACCAUGAUCCAUGGGACUUACCUGGACUGUCCAAGAUUGGGGAAAGAGAGUGGUACUUCUUCGUUCCAAGGGACAGGAAGCAUGGAUCUGGAGGGAGGCCAAGCAGGACAACUGCUAAAGGAUACUGGAAGGCUACAGGCUCCGACCGCAAAAUCGUCAGCUUGUCUGAACCGAAACGCGUCAUCGGUCUAAGGAAGACUCUCGUGUUCUACCGGGGAAGAGCGCCUGGAGGGAACAAAACCGAUUGGGUCAUGAACGAGUAUCGUUUGCCCGAUAGUUGCCCCUUGCCUAAGGAUGUUGUAUUGUGCAAGAUAUACAGAAAAGCAACCUCGCUGAAAGUGUUAGAGCAAAGGGCAGCAAUGGAAGAGAUGGAGGGGAAGGCGAACCAGACACACCCGACAUCUCCUCUGUCGUCGUCUGAGACCAUCUCAUCUUGCGGUACACAGUAUGACUUGAUAGCUCCCAUUCCCAUGCCUCAGGUGGUAGCCAUGGAAGAAGAGAACGGCAUCUCGAUUCAUGAAAGCCGUACCGAAAAGGCAGAGGACGAGGAAAGAUGCCGGGCGACAGAAAUCAAGAUGCCAUCUUCGUCACUGAAACUGCCGUCUGGGAGCCUGCCCGAGCUGCAAGUACCCAAAUCAGGAACAGAUUGGGGCCAGGAUCAGUUCUUGAGCAUAAGUCCUUGGCUCCAAAAUCUUACCCCUAUAAUUAACCUAUUGAACUUUUAGGCCUGUAAAGAACAACGUCGCCACUAGCAAUACGAUUAACCAGUCCAUGCAUUCCAUCAAUCAUCUGGGAAGAACAUCGACGAGCUUGACCAGACCAGGUCACAUGAACCUUGUGACUUCUCGGCUUCAAUAUGGCAUUCCAUUACUAUUGAACAUCUUUACAAGCCAUUGUAACUUACAACUUCAAUGUAAUAUAUUAUGAUACCCAAGAGGUAUAAAUCAUAAAGCUUAUUUUAACUGCAAUGGCAAAAGAAGAAAGAUCGCUGCUUUGAACA